AUGAAUCUGCUGCCUUUGUCAGGAUUCUUCCUGCUGGUUUCCUCGGCGUUCGCCUCUGAAUCCUCCGUGGCGUACCCGGUGACCUGCGGGACCCGUGCCGCCGACCUGCUGGAGGAUGGUCAGGUGGUUUUGUGCCCGCCGGACUGCACCCAGUGGCGAGUGUCGGUGUUCGGCACCAGCGUCUACGCCUCCGUCUCCUCCGUCUGCGGAGCCGCCGUGCACGGGGGGGUCAUCGGCCCCGCCGGGGGCCCCGUCAGGGUCCACAGGCUGCACGGACGCUACAACUACAUCGGCUCCUACUCGCACGGCAUCCAGUCGCAGGCCCUGUCCCGCUGGCCCGCCUCCUUCAGCCUCACCCAGCCUAAUAAUGUCCCAAUGGAGCUGACCAGUGACUCCAGCACCACAGCACUGCCACCUGUCAAGCCAGCAAAGAAACCACUGAAGAAGCCAUCAGUGAAAAAAGCUCUGCCAGUGGCAAGUAAAGAGUGUAAGAUGGACUUUGCUCUGCUGUUGGACGGCAGUAACAACAUCGGGAAGCGGCGCUUCAACCUGCAGAAGGGCUUUGUGUCGCGGCUGGUCACCUCGAUGAAGCUCGGACCGACGGGGCCGCGCAUGGGCGUGGUGCAGGCCAGUGGCUCUCCCAAGAUAGAGUUCUACCUGAAUAACUUCACUCAGCCCAAAGACAUGCUGUUAGCCAUCAAGGAGAUGCCUUUCCUGGGAGGAGAAACUAACACAGGUAAGGCCAUAAUGCACACGGCUGAGAGCUUCUUUGGGCCGGAGCGCGGUGGGAGGCGGGGCUACCCACGGGUGAUGGUGGUGCUGGUGGACGGCUGGCCGUCUGACGACCUGGAGACGGCGUCCACGCUCGCCAGGGAGUCCGGCAUCAACGUGUUCAUGGUGUCCAUCGCCAAGGCGACGCCCGAGGAGCUCGGCGCCGUGCGGGACCCCGACUUCAUGAAGAAGGCGGUGUGUAAAGAUAACGGGCACUUCACCUACAGCAUCCCCAGCUGGUUCAGCAGCACCAAGCACGUCAAGCCCCUGACCCAGAGACUCUGCUCCAUGGAGGGCCUCAUGUGCAGUAAGACCUGCUACAACUCGGUCAACAUCGGCUUCCUGAUCGACGGCUCGUCCAGCGUCGGCGAUGCAAACUUCCGGCUAGUCUUGGAGUUCCUGGCUGCCAUCUCUCAGAGCUUCGACAUCUCAGAAGUGGGAUCUCGAAUCGGUGCGGUUCAGUUCACCUACGACCAGCGGAUGGAGUUCGGGCUGUUCGAUCACCCGAGCAAAGAGGCGGCGCUCAACGCUCUGAGGAGGAUUCCCUACAUGAGCGGAGGAACGGCGACCGGCGACGCCAUCACCUACACCGCUGAGAACCUCUUCAGUCCAAGGAGGGCGGGACCAGGCCGCAACUUCCUCAUCCUGGUGACAGACGGCCAAUCAUACGACGACGUCAGAGGGCCCUCGCUGGCCGCACAGAGACAAGGCAUCACCAUCUACUCAGUGGGCGUGGCCUGGGCGCCUAUGGAUGACCUCAAAGCGAUGUCAUCGGAGCCCAAGGACGCCCACACCUUCUUCACCAGAGAGUUCACCGGCCUCGCCGAGCUCGCCCCGCUGCUGGUCCGAGGCAUCUGCCGAGACUUCAGCGAGGCCAACUAA